AUGUCUGAUAUUCAAGAUCAUUUGAACGUGCUCCUCGUUUGCGCUUCGGAGUCGGAGCUGAAGGCUGCAAUAGCAGUUCUAGAGAACGGAACGAACGGCAAGUUUGAAAACAAAUACACACAUCUCACCGAUCUCGGCAGGCUCAACGUCAGAGUGUGUGAAGGAUGGAAUUCUACAGAAACGAAGGUGGGCGUGGUGGCACAAACCGAAAUGGGAGGGACCGAGAGUCAAGUGUUGCUUUCCAAUCUCGCCAAGUACUUCACGGCUACCGUAGUGGUGAUGACGGGGAUCUGCGCUGGAGAGGAGAACAGGCAUGGUCACGUGGAGCACGGUUGUGUGUUCAUCGCCAAACGAACGACAGCAGAGAUGGGAGGAAAAGUGGAAGAAGGCGGGGAUUUCCAGGCUAGAGCACAAUACUGUGAGCUCGACAAAGGUAUCCUUACGUCAGUCAAUGAAUUGGUUCACUUGGAUUCUGAAGUCUGGUUGAAGCACAUUCCACAGAACGCCAUUCGUCAGAGCCCUCGCUAUCUUCAACAACUCAUCCUAGACUUUGCGAUCAAAAGUGGGCAGGACGGCAUUAGCAAGAGGAAACUACUGGACAAGAUGGUGGACAAGAAAUUACCUGGAAUGGCUACGAUGAGUGAUAAUGAUAUUUGUCAAACUUACGAUGAAAUUCUGGGCACGAUGAUAAAAUCGUCAUCUGCUUGGGUUAGAGUAUCUCCAACAGCAAAAGAUAGGUACAUUGCUACUGAAGAAGGAAAUAGUUAUGCAUCCAAUGAAGCUAGUUUUCCGAGAGUAGAUAAGAUCAUAGCCAUUGUCGAUUCCAUGCUCUCGGUGCCACACAAGCAAAUGAACCUGAAGGCAGAGUUGAGUGCUUACAAAAAGCGUGUAGCCGACAGAAAGGUGAAGGCAGUAGAUAUGGAAGCUUACUCGUUUAUGAAACAAGCCAUUGAGAGCUUUAGGAGAAACGGUGUACCAGGCAAAGCAGUUGUCAUCAAAGGCAUCUCUAGCUAUGGCUCUAGUGCAAGCAGAGGUGACUAUUUUCAUGUGUAUGCUGCUAGUACGUCAGCUGCCUUUCUAAGGCACUUGAUGACCGUUAAACACCAUCUUUUUGUUGAGAAGAAAUCUCAAACGACUAAAAUUCAAUUUGGGCAAUCUCAACAAGAAAAUGAGGCAACGUCCAGUAGGGGUUUUGUAUUACGAGAAUCUCCACAACACAAAGCAAACCGACAGCGGACAGCACAUUUUCCCAUUGAACUGGAAAAAAGAAAUUUUCCUCAUAUUUGUGGUCGAGACGUAAUUAUCACUGACUUGUCGCAUUAUUUCUGGGAAGGAGCUUAUGGAAAGGAAGAGAUUGUCGACAUUAGUGAUUUUCGUUUGAUGUGCAUUUGCGCUCCAGGGGGAGCGGGAAAGUCAUGUGUAGCAGCCAACUAUGCAAGAAUUUACAGAAACUCGUAUGAAGAAGGAGUCUUCUUUAUCAGCUCAAGAACAAGCGCAUCCAUACGAUAUUCUCUUUACAAAUAUAUGGUUCUUUUAAGUUGUGAGAAAGAUGACGUUGCAAGUCAAUCAUUGCAAGAAAUGAAUGUGCGCUUUUUAGAUCUCGUCAGUCAACGUGGAGGCAAUGCUUUGUUGAUCUACGACAGCAGUGAUGAUUUAAACGUUAUCCAACAAUUUGUUCCGCCUUGCAACAUGAAAGUUCACGUUAUCAUUACGACGAGAUGCAGAGAUCACGAGCUGAUGCAAGAAGGUAAUGUGAUUCAACUGCCAGAGUUGAACGAAGACGCAGCCGUCGAGUGUUUCUGCCUUUGGGCUGGAAAAUGCAACGAUGACGGAAAGAUGUCAGAGAAAGAAUACAAUGAGAUCAAAGGUAUAGUGACCGAUCGACAAGUGAAGCUAUUGCCACUGGCCAUUCGACGUGUGGCAACAUUGACAAAGAAAACAGGAGUUACUUGUAAGAAGAUGAGAGAAGAACUGUCAUUGGGGACCGUGCAAUAUCCAGUCGAUGAUUUAAAGGACAAAUUACAUGGUUGUGGAUUGCAGCAUCUACAGCACAAGCUAACGAGUUCGGGUAUUGUACGAAUUGACCAACUUUUAGCUGCCGACGUCGCCUCACUGGCCAAAUCGUGCGACAUUUGUACGAGUGAUGAAGAGAAGCUGAAGACUAUGAAGGAAAGACUAAAUGUCGACAGGGAAGCACCGAUGCAAUGGGAUCUCGAUCUAGAGGAAGUAGCAAGAAGGUCCGAAGAUGCAGAGAAAAUUCUCAGAUUUACUUCUCUGAUGGGCACGAGCUCCAUUCCUACUGAGGUUAUUCGUGCAGCUGUUAUGGUUGACAGGGAGCCGAGAAUCGGAAGAGAUGAGUUUGAAUUGUCUCUGCAUUUGUUGUCCGACGACUUUUCUCUGCUCACGUUGCAUGACGAGGAACGCACGUGUGACAUUCACGCGCUCGUUCAGCAGUCUGUUGUAAGCCACAUGAAGAGAAGAGACAAAUUGCUACCUUGUCUCAUUUGUUUGACAAAGUGUAUGCAAGACAUGUUACCAAAUUCUGGUGACGCCAUGCAACGCAACCUCAACAACAGCAAGUUGAUUGCAUUAACUCCACACGUUUACAUCGUUUGUGAUCACAUUUUAAAAUUGAAAUGUGUACAGCAAGAAUGUCUACAGCUCUUAAAGUUUUCUUGUGCGUUGGCAAAUUGUUUUCACGACAUUCCAACAGCUAAGCAUUUAGCAGAAGAGACAUUGAAAAUUCGUCGCCAACUCGGCAUUCGCAGUAUUAACGAUGCAAUUGAAAUGAGCGACAGUCUGAUUUCUGUUGGUGAUUCAUACGAUCUAAUGAGUAGACCUGACAUGGGAAAGCCAUACUUUGAAGAAGCCGUACAAGUGUUGCAAGAAUUUGGCGACGACAGUUCUCUUCCUAAGUUCUAUGUUGUUGCUCUAAACCGGUUAGGAUGUUGCUACGUGAAAAUGAAAAACCUUGAAGAUGCAGAGCGGUUGAUGAGGAAAGGGAUUGAUUUGCAAAAAGAACGGGGAGCAGACGAUGCGAGCAUAUCAUUAGCCCUACAUAACCUCGGUGCGAUAUAUCGAGAAGGGGAGAAGUACCACAAGGCGAUAAAGUCAUACGAAGAGUCGCUCGAGUUGCAAAGGCGAUGCGAUGACGAGAAUCUAGUGCAAAUGUCUGCGACUCUCAUCAAUCUUGGUUGCUGCUACAGAGACAGCGGGAAUCUUGAGAAAGGUUUGAGUUUACUUGAGGAGGCAGUCACAAUCAGCCGAUUAUGCUACUCAUCUUCUCAUCCCUCCUUGGCACUUGGUAAGAAAUUGUGA